AAAAGGAAGGAAUCAAUUCAAAAUAAAUUGGAUUAUCGACGUAGUUGAAUGGUUUAUAAUUUUUUAUUUUUUAUUUUUGGCCCAGAACGAUACCCAUCUAAGUUCUAACGGACUCGAGGACUGGUGGACAGAAAGUGUGUAGUAUACAGUAGCAUAACUCCUUUCUAGUUUCUUUUACAAAGCCCAGGUUUUGUUCUGAUUAGAUGAUGGUUUGGGUUUGGGAUCAAACACUAUCAUGGGCCAAACUUGUUUUUACGAACCAUAAAAAGUAACCAUGUAGAAAGCUUCGGCCCAAUACACAUCUAACUACCAGUGCCAGCUAUUUGCGCUUGAAAAGGCGAUCCCGCUCCCAACUUCCAAGGCGCUUCACAUAACGGCCCCCCCCUAUAUAUUCCGGUGCACGGUAGCACCAGUCGUUCGUUUAAGCUGCGUUACGUACGAGACCCAACCUCUCUCUCUCUCUCUCUCGUGCAGAAGCAGAGAGAGGACUGAAAAAAUCCAUGGACCCGUUUGAAGUGGCAUUUGAGGACGUAGAAGAUUUUCUGCCUGAUUCCCCCACUACUGGUCCUGGUCAUAUUGACAACGAGAACCAAUUUCUCACUCCUAGUAACCUAUUAACAUCCCCAGCCCCGACAAUUUCAAUUGGGACUAAUGCAUCCAUAGGCUACAAUGAAGAUGAGGAUGAGGAGGAAGAGGAGGAUAAUGUGGACCUUAACAUUAGGAACAUUGCACUUCGAGAUGACCCUGAUAAAACAGCCAAGACACGGGCUAUCCUGUCACAGUUCACAGGGGAACAGAUGGAAAGAUUCGAGUUCUUUCGGAGAUCUCGUUUUAAAAAAUCUGAAAUGAGAAAGAUGUUACUGACCAUCACUGGAAUGCGGACAGUUUCUGAGCCAAUGGUAGUUGUAGUUUCAGCCACUGCAAAAAUGUUUGUUGGUGACAUUGUCGAGACUGCUAGAACUGUUAUGACUGAGAGGAAGGAAUCCGGUCCUAUUCGGCCUUGCCAUAUCAGAGAAGCAUAUAGAAGACUGAAGCUUGAAGGCAAAGUACCUAGGAGAUCGGUGCGGAAGCUCUUCUAGGUUAUGGGGCCAGACAUGCAUCCUUUCUUCCUAGAAUUGCUAGCAUGUAUUUGACUAUCAGGCUGGUAGAUCAAGGUGUGGAUUGCAUCCAUAAACCACACCUAUCAUCUAUGCUCGAUCCAUUUUAUGCCAAACUGGAGGGCAGGACCAUAUCACAUUUCAAAAAUUAGCGUAAUCUACACAAAUUUGUAGACUUCGGCCUUUUUUCUUUUAUACAGCAGUUUCUUGGUUCAAUGGAAGUUACUUUUGUGAAUGAAA